UAAAUAUUUAACGUUUUUGCGUAAGAACGCACAGCGGUUGAAAGAAUUAGAGUACUGUACUAUUUGUACAGACAGAGGGCAAAAUUAUUAAAGUUUUAAACGCAUAAAAUCGAGGAAAAUGGGAAACGUAUUAGCAGCCUCCGUACCUCCUCCACCUUCGCCGCCGCCUCCAACCUCAGGUUUACUACCAAAUUUAGAAAAAUCAGAUUCUACGGAGAUACUACAGUCAUCUAGCAAUUUUUCCGACGGUUUGAAAAAUCCUGGUACAAUCGAGGAUCUUCACAAGAAGUGUAAAGAUGUAUUUCCCGCAAACUUUGAGGGUGCAAAGCUAAUGUUCAAUAAAGGUCUUAGUAAUCAUUUUCAAAUAUCACACACGAUAAGCAUGAGUUCCAUUGCACAAUCUGGAUACAGAUUUGGAGCAACGUACGUCGGCACUCAACAAAUAGCACCCUCGGAAGCUUAUCCAGUAUUGCUAGGUGACAUAGAUCCAAGUGGGAAUCUAAAUGCCAAUGUUAUUCAUCAAUUUGGGGAAAAGCUAAGGGGGAAAUUAGCCACUCAAGUGCACAAAAGUAAAUUCACCGCUGUUCAAAUGACAACGGAUUAUCGUGGCGACGCGUAUACCGUCUCUUUGACAUUGGGUAAUCCGGACAUACUUAACGGUUCUGGUAAGCGUGCGAGAAACGAUUAUGGUUCGGAACAAAAUGUUCUUUCAGGCGUUUUCGUAAUGCAUUAUCUUCAAAGCGUAACUCCCUCUGUCGCGUUGGGUGGAGAACUCGCUUACCAACGAGGCCCUGCCGUACCAGGAGGUCAAGUCGCUGUUCUCUCAGCCGCUGGAAGGUACACGAACGGAGACUCUACGAUUAGUGGUAGUUUAGGUUUGUCCGGAUGUCACCUGUGUUUCCAUCAAAAAGCUAGUCAACAGUUGCAAGUUGGUGUAGAAUUGGAAAUUAACAGCCGAAUACAGGAAUCGACAGGAGCUAUUGCUUACCAAGUUGAUUUACCUAAAGCCGACUUAAUAUUUAGAGCUAACAACACGAGUUGUUCUCACGAGUUGAAUAAAAUGGAAAAAAAGAAAGGGAACAAGAAAGAAGAAGAAGAAGAAGAAGAAGAAGAAGAAGAAGAGGAGAAUUGA